ACUGAAUUGAUGUUUGUUGAUCUGUAACCUCUGUCACAAUCAGUGACCGUCUCAUGUCCGUCAAAUGCCAAAUGCACAAUUAAUCUGGCUUAAAUUUUAUAUGCACGAUUGUCAUCAAAUGGUCAAAUGGCCAAAUUGCAAAAAGUUUAUAACCAUUGCAUAAGAGCUGACUAGUUAUUGACUAGGAGUCUUUUUGUUAUCUUUGGCAAUACAAAAGUUAAUAUAUCGAUGAUAAGUAUGGGCUUUUAAAGCCUCAUAAAGUGUUUGGGUCCACUUUUGUGAAACUGUACUAUUGUCUGAUAGAUGAUAAUCAUGGUGCAAUGGGCGGAGUUGGAAGUUCAAAAAUAUUGGCUAAAUUGCAGAACAAGUGCCUCAUUUUCUAGUUUUAGGCUUUCCAGGAGUAAUGCCCUGAAUUGCAAUAUGUUAAUCAGUGAAGACAAGGCCCAAAAUGUACACUAAUUUGCCAACAUUAAUCAUCAUGUUCAGUGUAAUCAGGUCGAGUUUGAUUAAUACAAUUAUUUUAAGUACAAACAUGAAAGAAACUAGAAAGAGAUCGUGAGACACAUAACCUUUCCACAUCUCGGUCAACAGACAAUGGAUUCCCACAAAAGAACCUCAAAAAUAAUGGAAAAGAAAGAAAAAAUAUAAUUAGUAUCAUCUAAGAGAAGAGAAAUUAAAAGAAAAACUCUAAUAAUGGAUUAACAAAGGCUAAUCCUCACACUCUUCCCAUUUUCCUCCCUCUUAAUUUCCCCCAAAAAGACAAAAUAAAAAAAAAACAGAAAAAAGGAAAAAUUCAGUUAGAUAGGGUUUAAAUUUUUUCCCGGCGAAAUGGAGAAACGUGAAGAUCACGCAACAGAAUCAUCGGAAACUAUUCCUCACAAAUCCAACGAUCUCGAGAACACAAAUCAUCCCGAUGAAUCGGAACACCAAUCGCAAAACAACGAUCCAACCGAAACGGCGACAACGCCUGAAUCAGAAUCUUCCCAGCUCAGCCUUCCCCAGGUGAUGGAAGCGGUCGACGAUUUCAUCCAAUCACUUUCCUCCUCCACCGAUCCGUUACAAGAGAUUCCUCCAGCCGUGGAGCCUUUCCCGGAGACGGUCGAUUCAUUGGUCUCGAAGAUGGAAUCUUCAGGCCUUGGACGGGACGAAUCAGAGGACUCUGCUUUCAUCAACGCCGUUAACCGUAUUUCGAUUUCGGUUAUCAGACUGAGAGAGCUUAAUCUAGAUUCAACCCCGGUUUCUUCGUGGCUAAACCGGGCGAGUUCGGUUCAACACCGUGCCGUUUCUCUUCUCGACGAAGAGUUUCGUCACCUUCUAGAUCGUUCCAAAGAUAACAAGAAGAAGAACGGAGACGGACACAACAACCACGAUGAAUCGGAUGAUAAUAAUCCACCACAAGAGGAAGAAACGUUCCCGGAUAUUCCACCGGAAUCAAUACCCACGCUGAAGAAAAUCGCCGGAGCCAUGAUCUCCGCGGGGUACGAAACAGAGUGCUGCAUGUCGUACGAAACGUCGAGACGCCACGCGUUCAAGGAGGAGCUGAGCGAGAUCGGAUUCGAAGGGAUCAGCGUGGAAGACGUGCAGAGAAUCCCCUGGGAGUCUCUCCAGGGAGAAAUCGCUUCGUGGAUCUCGAUCGUCCGCCGCUGCUCCUCCGUGCUUUUCCCCGGAGAGCUUUCUCUCUGCAGAACCGUCUUCCCGGAACAAGACCACGCUUCGCUCCGCAGAGGACUCUUCACAGGCCUUGUGUCCGCAGUAACAAUCCGGUUCCUAGAUUUCUCAGGUGCCGUGGUCCUCACGAAACGAUCCUCAGAGAAGCUUUUCAAGUUCCUUGACAUGUACGAAACGUUAAGAGAGUUGAUCCCAGCCGUUGAAGAAUCUGAUUCAGAUCUGAUCCAAGAGAUUAAACUUUCUCAGACGAGGCUAGGAGAAGCGGCAGUGACUAUAUUCGGAGAGCUAGAGAACUCUAUCAAAACCGAUAUAGGAAGAACACCAGUUCCAAGCGGAGCUGUUCAUCCACUAACACGUUACACGAUGAACUAUCUCAAGUACGCAUGCGAGUACAAAGACACUCUAAACCAAGUGUUCCAACACUACGAGAAGGCUGAGACAGACGAAACAGAACCUGAACCAGAGAGAAACCAACGAGAAGACGACGAGGAGUACAGAACGUCAGCUUUCGCUAGACAGAUGAUCAGGGUGAUGGAACUGCUCGACGCUAAUCUAGAAGUUAAGUCAGGACUGUACAGAGACCCGUCGCUACGAUCUAUCUUCCUUAUGAACAACGGGAGAUACAUUCUUCAGAAGAUCAAAGGCUCUAUAGAGAUAAGAGACUUGAUGGGACAAGCGUGGACGAGGAAAAGAUCGACGGAGCUCAGACAGUACCAUAAGAGCUACCAGAGAGAGACUUGGGGGAAGGUAUUGCAAUGUAUGAAUCAAGAAGGGCUGCAGGUGAACGGGAAAAUAUCGAAGACGGCUUUGAAAGAGAGGUUCAAGGUUUUUAAUAAUAUGUUCGAUGAGAUUCACAAGACGCAGAGCACGUGGAUUGUGAAUGAUGAGCAGAUGCAAUCGGAGCUAAGGGUUUCGAUCGCGGCGUUGGUGAUUCCGGCUUAUAGGUCUUUCUUUGGGAGGUAUAAGCAGCAUAUUGAUUCGGGGAGGCAUACGGAUAAGUAUGUUAAGUAUCAGCCUGAAGAUAUAGAGUCUGUUAUUGAUGACUUGUUUGAUGGGAAUCCAGCUUCUAUGGGACGGAAGAGGACUUAAAAAACUAUGAGAGUAUGACAAAUGAUAUGGUUACUUCUGCUUCUUACUCUUUUUUUUUCAUCAAUCCUUCUAUGAUUAUUUUUCCUUAAGUUCAUGUUUAUAGAACCAUUCUCGAUCUGAGACUACCAUGAAAUUUUUUUGCUUUCUUUUUUUCUUUUAUAAGUUGUUAUGUUUCAACUUCCUGUCCUAAUAGGUUGUGACUGAAACUUGUUUAGAACUCAAUAAAAAGAGUACUUAAGAAUUCUCUGUUAAAAUAUUUGAGAGUUAUUUAACUCGAGUUACAGGUGUUAAGACACGAAACUGUCUUCAAAAUACAUUUGAAUAUUUGUGUGUUUAAAAGAUGAUUUGGUUUGUGAUAAGUUGAUCUUGUGGUAAUACUAAUUUGAAGAUGUGUUAAGAGGUUUCUUUAUAGCAAUUAUAUAUAACGAUUUUUUUAUUGAUGUUAUACAAACUUGGCUUUAUUGACGCCAUACACAACCCACAAGCUUCAGACAUUAAUAGAAGCAAAAUAUGUAUGCAAACCUAGCUUUAUCAGUAACCUAAUGCAUGAUCACAAGAAAGCAAUACAACCCUUUUAUCAGUGAAGACAAGGAUGUAUUAUUGAUAGAUGGCCUUAUUUCAAAGAAGUACAGAAAACAAACCACAUGUAAAGAAAUAAUUGAGGUUUUGGAUCUUAAUCUCUUGGUUUAGAUCUGUAUAAGUAAAAAGAAUUACAAAUUCUUGAGAGUUUUUUAGGUAAAGGACACAAAGUAAAUCUCUUCUUCAUUGGUGCUUUCACAUUGUAACACCAGAAUGAGCCAAAAAGGCCUCUCUUCACAUGUCUUUGUUUGGUAGUGGAAAAGAAACAAGAAUUUUAGUUAAACAGUGGUUGGUAUAAAAAAAUUAUAGAUCACGGACUGAAUAUAUUGCAAUCACACACACACACACUUGCAUACAUUAUCAUCAAGAAGGAGAAAAGG